CAAAGGCAGUGAGGCAGCAGAUGGUGGUAUAACUGAAGGCAUGGAGAGAGGGAGCCAUCAACAAGAUUUAGCAAACUGCGAAGCAUUUAAAAGCAUUUCAGAAAAGAUUCAAAAUGUAAAACAAUUAUCUUCAGAGGCAUGCUUAUUCAAAGUGCACGAGGAGCUGCGUAAAACAAACCGGGAUGCUUAUACACCAUUGAUCAUUUCCAUCGGGCCUUACCAUCAUGGGGAUACGAAAUUGAGCAAGAUGGAAAGUUUGAAGGCAUUGUAUUUACAAUCAUUUUUGAAGAGAGCACAUGAAAAAGGAUUCGGUGUGGCGGAUUGUUUGAAGAAAUUAAAGGAUUUGAAAGACAGAGCAGAAAGGUAUUAUGGUGACGAUCACGACCUAAAAGUUAGUGGCGAUAAAUUCGUGGAGAUGCUAUUGCUGGAUGGUUGCUUUAUAGUGGAAUUUCUUAUUAAAGGGGCCUACGAGAGGGAAGGUGCAGAGAAAUAUGAUCCCAUUUUCAAGAUUUUCGGGACAGAAAAUAGUGUAGUUCGUGACAUGCUGCUCUUGGAAAACCAACUCCCCUUCUUUGUUCUGCGAGAACUCUAUGACAUGAUUAGUAUUCCUAGCAAACUAGAAUUCUCGGAGAUGGUGAAAACAACAUUAGGAUAUGUCCUACCAAAGAUGAAUGUUAUCUCUAUACGCUCUACCAAUGUCAAUAUCCAAGAGAUAAAGCAUUUCCUUGAGGUAGUGCACAUUCUUUGCCAACCCCGCCUAACUAAUGGAUUGGUUCAGCAGGAGAGGGGUUCAACAUGUUUUUGUUGCUGGUUUUGGAAACAACCACAAGCAGGCGUUGAUAUUGAAUCCCAUUAUUCUUUCCUUUGCAAAUUUGGGAAUUGCACGUGUCUCCUUGGCAAGUUUGGGAAACAACCAAGUACAGGAGACCUUGACUCCGAAUCAUCUCAUAUACCUACUGCAAGUGAGCUUCGAGAAGCUGGAGUUGACUUCAAAAAGGUUGGCAAGAUCGAUAGCAUUAACUCCAAUGAAACCACAAGUCUAUUUGAUAUAAACUUCAAUCACAGCGUACUAGAGAUCCCCUCUUUUGGUCUGUACGAUGGAUCAGAGAGCUUCUUCAGAAAUCUCAUAGCUUACGAGCUAUAUUCCCCUGAUUUGCAUCCCAAGUAUUUCGUAAGUUUUGCCAUAUUCAUGGAUGAUCUUAUCAAUACAGACAAGGAUGUCAUCUUACUUCGCAAGAAGGGAAUUUUUGUAAGUGGACUAGGUGAUGACGGAACGGUGAGUGAUCUUUUUAACAAUCUAUGCAGAGGAGUUGCAUAUGACCAAGCUGACUUCUAUUACAGGAAUGUCUACAAAAAAUUGAUUCACCAUUGCAAUAUACCGUGGAAUGUGUUGAAGGCAAAACUAAGACACGAUUACUUUCACAGUCCGUGGGCAGGGAUUUCAACCAUUGCAGCAAUAUGGCUCCUUUCUCUCACUACUGCACAGACUGUCAUAGCUUUCACUGAACUAUUUAAGUAAUAUAUAUAAUAUCUUUCCAAGUAUGUAUAUCUUCAAGUCGUUUAUGCCUGCAUAUAAUAUGCAGCGUGACAAGAAGUAAGCAUUUUAGACUCUUGUUGUAAUAAAUCAAGUUCCUUAAAAGAUUGCGUUAUUAAGUUGAUUGUGCAA